CAAUUUACUAAUCUCUAAUCUGUUCAACAAGAAAAGAAUUAUCUUCAAGUAUAACUAUUGCAUGCUCCACCAAGUGCGACUGUCGUUCAUUCGCAGCCUGACUCGAUCUUCUCAUACUACCUUGUCCUACAGGCGCACAGCCACUUCUCCCGCUUUUAAUCCUAUCAACAUGUUACCCGAUAAAACCCAUAGUAGUCCAGCGAUAUCAGCUGUGGAUAUAGUAGCGGCAGUAGCAGGGACAGGAGUAGAUAUAGGGACAGGGACAGAGGCAGGAUCAAAGGCAGAGGAAUCCUUUGUUACUAUUCUGGAAACGAUUGAUCCUACAACCAUCAUAUACCUUUCAAAGGAUCUUGAGGAUCCCAUUCCAGAGAUCUCUCAACCUCAUACCCGUCAAGUGCUUGAGCAAGCCGCUCAGUUCCUUAGAGAGGGUCAAGUCGUGGGAAUGCCUACAGAAACCGUUUAUGGUCUCGCAGCCAACGCAUUGGAUUCAGUGGCUGCACAACGUAUCUUCAAAGCCAAGAAUCGACCUCAGGAUAAUCCUCUGAUUGUCCAUGUCUCCUCUCUUAAAAUGCUUCGAUCUAUCCUCAAAAACAAUGAGAUCCCUGCAGUGUAUUCAGAUCUGAUCCAAACAUAUUGGCCGGGGCCUUUAACUUUAUUGUUCCCAAGGUCCAAUUUGAUCCCAAAUGAAAUCACAUGUGGUCAAGCCACUGUUGCGGUUCGAUUUCCUUCUCAUCCGAUCACGCGUGCGCUGAUCACGAUCUGUGAUAGACCCUUAGCAGCACCUUCUGCUAAUUCUUCAGGAAAGCCAUCGCCUACUUUGGCCUCUCAUGUGAUGGACGACUUGCAGACUAAAAUACCCAUGGUGAUUGAUGGAGGGCAAUGUAGCUUUGGAAUCGAAUCCACUGUUGUAGAUGGAUUGAGAGUCCCACCAGCGAUUUUGAGACCUGGCGGGGUAACAUUUGAGCAGAUCAAACAAGUCUCAAAAAUGGAAGGUGUCCAGGUUUAUAAGAAACAUUUUACAGACGUAGCAAUGGAGCAGGCUCCAACGACACCAGGCAUGAAGUAUCGACAUUAUUCACCAGAAGCUGAAGUGGUCCUGGUGGAAUAUAUCAGGCCCUCUUCUCUUCCUCUUGGUCAAAUCAAGGACACUGAAAUGAAUGGAUCAAGAUCAAACCGGGUGUCUGACACAACACAUCAACCAUCACUAUCGUCAUCAUCUCCACAUUCAUCAUUACACUUUUCAUCACAGUCAUCACCGAUAUCAUCAUUACCACCAUUGUCAUCCUCGUCAUUAGAAUCAACAACAGGACAAUACAACUUGAUUAUGAAGGAAAUUGAGAGAUUGAAGCAACAUGGCAAGAAACGUUUCGGUAUCCUGCGGACGUCUUUUACAGUACCAUUGCCAUCACCACCAACAACGACAGCAAUGAAGGCUGGCAUGCUCAUCAGAAAGGAUAAGGAGGACCAACAAAGCCAUGGUCUAGAAACCAAAAGAUCAACUUCAGAGAACGAAGCGACGAUUAUUGAGUUUCCGUUGGGUCAGGGAUCAAAACCAGAGGAUGUGGCACGAGAGUUGUUUAGAGGGCUUCGUUACUUGGAUGAUCAACAUGUGGACUGUAUUUUCGUUGAGGGGAUCAGUGAAGAGGAUGAAGGUCUUGCAGUCAUGAAUCGACUGCGCAAAGCCGCUUCCCGAACUAUCUCAGCCGAAUCAUUAGAAUAAAGUUUUUUUUUACUAU